AUGCAUCUUCAACAUGAAAUAGUCUCUGUCGCGGAAAAGGAACGAAAUUGGUUAUUAGAAAUAUUACCUGGAGUGCUAAUAAAAUUAAAACACCAUCUUGAUAAGAGCUAUAGUUUAUUAUCAACUGUUAAUAAAGCAGACGCCUUGCCCUUAUCGACAACACAAAAUGAAACAAUCAAAGGAUAUAUUAAUCUUAGCGGAUGUCAUCUCAACAAGGCAGAAAUUCAAGUCAGACUGGCCAAUUAUCAUGCCGAACCAAUCAAGGCUACCAUUCUACCUUCUUCACCAUACUUUUUGGAACAAGUUCAACAAUGUAAAAAUUAUAUUAUACUUGCCAACAAACAUAUUCAAGAAUGUCACGAACCAUUGUCUAAGCCAAAAGCUGUAGCAUUUCUUGAUGCCAUGUGCCAAUUAAUGGAUCAUGCUUUACAUGCAUUGGAUUAUCCAAAUGAAUCAAUGCUAUUUCCUGGAAAAGUGUGUCAUACAAAUUUGUUUAACCCUCCUCUUAAGAAUGAUUUGGUGAUAGAAUUCUUUAUUAACGGUGUCUUUAUUGUAUGCAAUGUACUUGCUAUUACUCACCAUUCUCGCAAUAUGAAAUUGGAUCGUCAACAACAUCAAUAUGUGACAUACAAGGAUAAGGUGACCGAAAUAUUGGAUGAAGCUAGAACUCAAACGCAAUCUCCUAUGUUGACAGAUCUCAAUUCGCCACGCCAACAAGACCCUCAAAGCUGA